AUGUUGAAGCAGCAGGUAAAGCUCUACCCGAGUGUCCUGGGGCUGCUGCAGCAAACAACCAGUUUGGGGCCAGUGUACAGCAGAAAUGGAUCUCUCCCCGUUCUGGAGCCAGAAAUCCACGUGAAGACGGAAUUCCGGAAGUUCAGUCAUCUGGCCCGGUUUCCCAGCAGCAGCGGAGCUGGCUUUGAGUACAGAAGUGCCACCGUCUCUCGGGCCAAGAACUCGGACCGUCCGACGAGUGAGGGGCUGCCAGGAGAGCCCUUCACAGAAGGUCCGCUGAGCCCUGACCUCGCGAGUGCCGGGCAGGGCCUGGCCUUCCACGUGGAUAAGUGGAGAGAGUGCCGUCUGGACGGUGAACUCAGUGCCAAAGAUAAAGGCAGGCAGAGUGUUCUGCUGGCUGAGGGCGCCAGGAGCUGCGGCGAGUCGUUAACCUCGGCCGCCUGCACCUUGCCGGGGCCCAGUGCCUCCUGCCUGCCUUCCUGGAAAGGGCCCCAGGGCUGUGACCUGGGAGUCGGUCUGUCUAACGAGCUGGAACGGCAAUUAGGCACACGCUCCCUCCCCAGGGACCCCGGCUCUCUGGAGCCAGAGCGCAGGGGCCACCAGGGCCUGGAAGGGGGCCCUGGACCCCCCUUGGAGCAGGACACGGGCCUACGAAGACUUUGCUCAGAGACCAGGUCCCUGGACGAGAGAUUGCCCGAGGAGGGGCGGGGCAGGUAUCCUGUGCUGACCUCUCUUGGCUACACUCUGAGCUCCCUGAGGUCAGGUUCUUGGUGUUCAAUGGGCUCCCAGAUUUGGGCCCAGAACCUGGCCUCUACUGGGUGUUUUGACCUCGUGACCAGCAGACGGAACUCUGAGGAUGCCCAGCUGACCGAGUCAGAAGGGCAGCAGCUCGCCUGGCCUGUGCGGGGUCGGACUCCCCUGCUCCCUGCUCCCUGGGUCCUCAGAGCAGCCCUCGUAGGGCUGCCUGGGGAGCGGAGGAGGAGGCUCCCCCCUUGCCAGCGGGCGCUGCGGGCCUGGUACAGGGUGUCCUUCAAGGGCCCAGCCACCCGGCCGCCCCGGCUGAGGCUCCAGCAGAAACGAGUUUCCGUGUCCCAGCUGGGGUCUGACCCACAGGACCUGAAAGCGCCGUGGACAAUGGGCGUCCCCCACAGAGGCAUCGGGGCGCCUCGGGGGCUGGCAAGGGCUGUGCAGCGCUCUCGGCUGCUGCCUCUAAGCGCCGGGAGGGAGGCGCGGCUCGAGAAGCCCAUGGCCCAGGCUCUCGGCAUGAAAGUGCCCUGGCAAGGGUCCCACACCUCCCGGUCGCCGCCUCAAUCAUCCUGGCCGCAGGACACGGGAUGGCAGGGCACAGAGACAGACAAGGCCUGCCCACCCUCCGAGACGGUAGGCCUGAGCAGGAAGCAGUGGGAAACUGACCUCGGGGGCCUUGGAAUCAGGAUGGCACGCGGGCUGUCUGUCUCUGUGCCCCUUUCUCUGGCUCUACCGUCGUCCUCCUACAGCCCCGACCCCCUCUCUGGCGCGCUCCUGAGACUGGCCGCUCCAAACGCCGACCUCAUCCUUCCCGCCAUGUGCCGGGUGUUUGGGAUGGCGUGA